AGCCGCGUCCUCCGUCGCUUCCCUCUUCUCACCCCAGCUCCUGCGUCUCCGCACCGACAGCCGCUGGGGCCGGAGCGCGGUCGGAGCCGGAGCCGCUGAUCUACGGAACCAUGGAGGCCUAAGCCGGCGUGCACACCCGGGCCCCUGUGCGCCCGCGCUCCCGCUUCCUUGCUGCCUGCCCGCCGCGGCUGGAAGCGGAGUCCGCGCCGCUGACACAGGUUCUCUUGUGGAAAUGCCCAUGUGAGGACGAGCUGCCUACCACGUAGAAGAUGGGAUCGAACAGCAGCAAGAUCAGUGAUCUUCCUAAAAACGAGUACUUAAAAAAGCUGUCAGGCCCCGAGUCGAUCUCUGAGAACGACCCCUUCUGGAAUCAGCUCUUCUCAUUCUCUUUCCCUGCACCAACCAGCAGUACUGAGUUGAAGCUGUUGGAAGAGGCAACCAUUUCAGUUUGCAAGUCUUUGGUUGAAAACAACCCUCGAACAGGAAAUCUUGCUGCGCUAACUAAGGUCUUCCUUUCUAGAACCAGAGAGCUCAGGCUUUCGGCGGAGUGUCAGAACCACAUCUUCAUUUGGCAGACGCACAAUGCUUUGUUUAUUAUUUGCUGCUUGCUGAAAGUGUUCAUCUGCGAGCUGUCUGAGGAGGAGCUGCAGCUUCACUUUACGUAUGAAGACAAGUCCCCUGGCAGUUACAGUUCUGACUCUGAAGAUCUUUUGGAAGAAUUACUCUGCAGCUUGAUACAGUUAAUCACUGAUACUCCACUCUUGGAUAUUACAUAUGAGAUAUCAGUGGAGGCCGUCUCAGCAAUGGUCGUCUUCCUUUCCUGCCAGCUCUUCCACAAGGAGGUUCUGCGGCAGAGCAUCAGUCACAAGUACCUGAUGCAAGGUCCAUGUCUUCCCUACACCAGCAAACUUGUGAAAACCUUAUUGUAUAACUUUAUCAGACAAGAAAAGCCACCUCCUCCCGGAACCCACGUCUUCCCUCAGCAGUCGGAUGGGGGAGGCCUGCUGUAUGGACUGGCGUCAGGAGUAGCAACUGGUCUCUGGACUGUCUUCACACUAGGCGGGGCAGGCAGCAAAGCUGCCUCUCCUGAACUUACUUCCCCUCUGGCCAACCAGAGUCUCCUGCUGCUGCUGGUGCUGGUGAACCUGACGGAUGCCCCAGACAUACCAAACCCCUACCGACAAGCUGUCACAUCAUUUAAGAACACACAAGACAGCAGUCCGUUCCCAUCAUCAGUUCCACAUACCUUCCAGAUUAACUUUAACAGUUUGUACACAGCGCUGUGUGAACAGCAGACGUCUGAUCAGGCAACGCUCCUCCUGUACACUCUGCUCCAUCAGAACAGCAACGUCAGGACCUAUAUGCUGGCCCGAACAGAUAUGGAAAAUCUUGUUUUACCAAUUCUUGAGAUUCUGUAUCAUGUUGAGGAAAGAAACUCACACCAUGUCUAUAUGGCCCUUAUAAUCCUGUUGAUCCUUACAGAAGACGAUGGCUUCAAUCGGUCCAUUCAUGAAGUGAUAUUAAAAAACAUUACUUGGUAUUCAGAAAGAGUCUUAACUGAGAUUUCCCUGGGGAGCCUCCUAAUUCUGGUUGUAAUAAGAACCAUCCAGUACAAUAUGACCAGGACUAGAGACAAGUACCUGCACACAAAUUGCCUGGCAGCUUUAGCAAACAUGUCUGCACAGUUUCGUUCCCUCCACCAGUAUGCUGCCCAGAGGAUCAUCAGUUUGUUUUCUUUGCUGUCUAAAAAACACAACAAGGUUCUGGAGCAAGCCACGCAGUCCUUGAGAGGUUCCCUGAGCUCCAACGAUGUCCCUCUCCCAGAUUAUGCCCAGGACCUCAGUGUCAUUGAAGAAGUGAUUCGGAUGAUGCUGGAGAUCAUCAACUCCUGCCUGACGAAUUCUCUGCACCACAACCCAAACUUGGUAUACGCCUUGCUUUACAAACGGGACCUCUUUGAACAAUUCCGAACUCAUCCCUCAUUCCAAGACAUAAUGCAAAACAUUGACCUGGUGAUCUCCUUCUUUAGCUCAAGACUGCUACAAGCUGGAGCUGAGCUGUCAGUGGAAAGGGUCUUGGAAAUCAUUAAACAAGGCGUUGUGGCGCUGCCCAAAGACAGACUGAAGAAAUUUCCAGAACUAAAGUUCAAAUAUGUGGAGGAGGAGCGGCCUGAGGAGUUCUUCACCCCGUACGUCUGGUCUCUGGUCUACAGCUCGGCAGUGGGCCUGUACUGGAACCCGCAGGACAUCCAGCUCUUUGCUAUGGACUCAGACUGAAGCAGGACACAGCCACGCCCACCCCCAGCCCAGCAGCUAGUUACUUCAUGACCAGGAGCAGAAGGAGACAGACUACACACCCGCUGUGCCUUCUGCCACAGAGGGUCACACAAGCGUGUUUCCCUCACACACUGUGACUGUUGGGAGAGUGUGCCAGUUAGCAGUAGUUCACUCAGCCUUGACUGUACUACAAGGGCGAGACAACAAUAAACGGGAAACAUGCUAUUCACCAUGUGACUUCUUUUUAAAUUCCUCAACCCCAAAACUAGAGCUGUCCCAAGAUACUGUGGCCUUAGGCACAUAAUAAACACAUCAACAAUGUAUACCA